UCUCAGAGUCUUUAUGAGCUGAGCUUCUGCACCAUUCACUGGUGAGGAGGCAACAGCGCCGUGUUUCAGCUCUGCUUGUGGACUGGACCUCAUGUCACCUCAACAAGGCUGCUGCUCAGGGACGGAUCAGAUCACCCACUAGACUAACUAAUUUUAUUUUGUUUGGUUGAGCUGGACACUCAUAUUUAUACCUAAACCGGUUUCUUUCACUAAAGAGCAACACCACACAUGCACUUUCGGUUGCUGAUUGUUUUGAACCGGUUUAUGCAAUAAGAGUUUGUCUCAAGGAAGACUGAUGAUCACAGACUCUUCUGGAAACUCCAGGUUGUAAAUGAACUCAUUCGGGUUCAUCUGAAGUGAUUUUAACACGGCGUGUACGGAGCUUCUUGGUGUUCUGGUUGAUAUGAUAAAGACUCGGCAGUGUCUGCUGUGUGUUCGCACUUUCUUUGGCGUCACGUCCAGGUUAUGGAGUUUAUUCUUAUACGUGCUCAGGAAACCUCUAAGAACCAUAAUACAAUAUCAGACGGUGCGAUAUGACGCUUUACCCUUGUCACCGUUGUCUAGAACCAGACUCAAUGCAGUAAAGCGGAAGAUUCUGGUUUUAGACCUCGAUGAGACGUUGAUUCACUCUCACCAUGAUGGCGUUCUGAGAUCAACUGUACGACCUGGCACUCCACCAGACUUUAUCCUUAAAGUGGUUAUAGACAAGCACCCAGUCCGAUUCUUUGUGCAUAAAAGGCCCCAUGUGGACUUCUUCCUGGAGGUGGUCAGUCAGUGGUACGAGCUUGUAGUUUUCACUGCUAGCAUGGAAAUCUACGGCUGUGCAGUUGCAGACAAGCUGGACAACAACAAAGGCAUCCUGAAACGCAGAUACUACAGACAGCAUUGCACACUGGAGCUGGGAAGUUAUUUAAAAGACCUGUCCGUCAUACAUACUGAUCUUUCCAGUAUAUCAAUUCUGGACAAUUCGCCUGCAGCGUAUCGCAGUCAUCCAGACAAUGCAAUACCUAUAAAAUCAUGGUUCAGUGAUCCCAGUGACACAGCACUUCUUAACCUUCUGCCAAUGUUGGAUGCAUUAAGGUUUACAGCUGAUGUUCGGUCCGUCCUUAGUCGAAACCUGCACCAGCAUCAACUUUGGUGAUUGUCCUACUGAGAGAUGUUGUUUUGUUUGUUUUGUACUUUUUCCCAUUCAGACUCUGUCCCUCAGUUCUGAUCCCUCUUUUUAUGACCCCGAAACAUCUGAACUUGAAGGAUGUAAAGAACAUUGAGAACACGUUUACCCUCGGUGCCCUUUCCAUCUUCAAACUGGAGUCGCUGUUUGAAAUUUCUUUUAGAAUAAUGUAUAAGGUCUGCACACACAACCACGGGUACAGAGGCAGAGCCGUCAAAAAAUGGUUUUAUUCACGCAGUGCCAUGUUUUUAAUCUGACAGAUUUUAGGAGUCUGCUCUUCUCAGGAUAUUGUGAUGGACAGUGUUCUUUUACUGCUAUGAAUAUGUGGAUGAGCAGUAAUUUGGAGUCCUUUUUUAUACUCUCCUUUCUUUCUCUUGAGUGAAGGCUUUGUAGCCGAUAAUUUGGGAAAGUAAAUGCCGAAAGGUGCUUUUUAUUUUAUCUUUUUGGUGAGGGGGUGUAACAAGAAUCCACUUUAACUCUACAAUGAGUGAGCAUGGAGACAUGUAUUUUAAUAAGAAUAUAUAAUUUUGGACUUGAAUAAGUGGUACAUCCUUUGAACAGAUUUCUUGAUCUGUACAAGUUCCCAUUUACAACACUUUAUAUUUUGUGAUUAAUGUAAAGAUUCCUUCAUUUCAAUUGGUCAAACAAUUAUUGUUGUUGAGCUGUUGUUUAGGUGCCAUCGUUGAAUAGAAGAGUUUUUACUGGUUUAUGUAUUAAUGGCCAUCUUUAAGUUGGUCAUUUUAUAAGACUAGUCUAAUUUCUAUUUUAUUUUUUUUAUAUAUAUGACUCCGAUAUUAGUUUUUUUUUUUUUUUAUGAAUUGUAUUAUUCUGAACAGCAUAAGGUAGCAGCAGCAGUCUGGUUAAGUCUUUAGAAGUAAAAAGAAAUGGCAUUUAUAAAGACAUGCAAGGAAUGAAUAUUGUGUUGUAAGCCUGUAUAAAUGUACAAAACGUUGACUGAGCAGUUGCCAUUUUUUUUUUGCCUGCUAGAUUGUAAACAAUAUUCAGUUCAAAUCACAGAGCAGCUCUUUUUGAACUGCAGACCUGACAUUAAUAAAACACAUGACCAUG